CAGAGCCAGCAUUAUAGAGAGGGAGAAUACGAAACACUCGGCAAGAUAAGAGGAGACACGCAUGGGAACAGCAGUUCACUAGAGACAGAGUAGGGGAGCCGGUGUACAAGACAAACGUUUCAGAGCCUGAAGGUGUGUGUGUGUGUGUGCGUGCGUGUGUGUGUGUGUGUGUGUGUGUGUGUGAGUGAGAUACAGCUCAGUGUGUUUCCACGGUUCUCCUGAGGCCGUGGCAGCCAUGGCGUCAGAGCCAAGCACCCAGUCCAGGGUGAUGUUCCAGGCAACGAACAAAACAGAAGAGCCUGCACACCGCAAGUUGGGCAAGCUGACAGUCAAAUACAACCGCAAGGACCUGCAGAGGAGGCUGGAUAUCGAGGAGUGGAUCGACGGACAGCUGCACCUGCUGUUUGACUGUGAGGAGGAAGAGAUUCCAGAGUUAGAGAUUGACAUAGACGAGCUCCUGGAGCUGUCGGAUGAAGGGCAGAGAACCCGACUGCACGAGCUGUUGCAGGAAUGUGGGAAGCCAAAAGAGGAUUUUAUCAACGGGCUGCUCUACAGGAUAAAGGGUCUACGCAAAAUGUCAGGUCCCUUGAAGAAAUAAUUAUAGGUCAAAUAAAGAAUUGAGACAAUGUGGAGCCUCUUAUCUUCCCACCAGUUAACUGUUAGGAUGCCGGUAUGUGCGGUUCACAUGUCAGUGGGACUCUCUUCCUGGGUCAGUAUCAGUCUAACACCAGAGCAGUUGGGUUUUGAAUGGAAUUUUUUUUAUUAUUAUUAUUUCGCUUUAAUUUAUGGACUGCUAUAACAUUUUGUUUCCCAUAAACAUACCAAUACUGCACAUGAGAUAAAUCUGUAUUGACUAUUACUCAGACGGACUGUUUUUUUUUUUUUUUGUGUAAGACUGUACAUUUUCAGUUGCCUAUUUAUGUACAUAAAUAUUUUUGUUCUGAUAUAACAGUGUUGUAUGUCAAAAUAAAAUUGAACAUUUUCAAGACAAGGCUGUUGAUGAAUUAUCGAAAAGGGUUAAAUGUGAUUUCACAAGCAAAGUCAACCAAGUGACUGACCAACAGAUAUCAUCAGAAAUGAUUAAUUCCACAAAUACAAAUAAAUAUUGAGUGUAAUGUCCAUAAUACCCAGCAGUUUAUAGUACCAACUAAGAUAUGCUGUUACCACAACUGACCUUUAUUACUGCUCUAAAACAUUUGUUUUUAAAGUCUGAUAACAUCCUACAGUCUACAGACUUUACUGUAGCACAGCUGUCAGCAUAUCAUUCCCAGAAUACAUGGUUCUAUUUUCUUCUACCAUGAAUUUUUCAACAGAGUGAUGGAAACAAAGGAGACGUUGACAUGUCAAGUCUAGGAGUAAACACAGUGAAAUCAGCAGCAGAAAAGUCCAUUAAGUAUGCAUCCAUUAUCCUCAUCCAUUUCCUGUCUGUUGUGCGUGUAUGACAUGGCCAGAAAAGGCAAACACAGCAACUGCCUCCAUACAACCGUUAAUGGAGCAAGCCCCCGGAGGAGAGUGUAAUUAUGGUUUCUCCUCAGUUAGCUAGACAGUAAUGCACACUGAUGAAACUGCACUCUGGCCAUCUCUCUGUCAUACACAGAGGGUCUUUUGGCUGAGGGCUCCAUUAUAGUAAUUUGCUUGGUUCGCCCCACUUCCACUCCUGAUUCUCUAACACAGAGGCCAUCCAUACUGUAACACUACACUUCUAACAAGGCCUGUCAGACUGAGACAUUUUUGUCAAGUAAUGAUAACUUUAAAAAAAAGAAAGGCUUUAGUGUUGAAAAUACAACUAAAAAAUAAGCUGCAUUCUUAAAAGACUUGAUGUAGCGCCCUACACUUUUUCUUCCUUUAUAAUUAAAUUACACACAAGGACAAGAAAGGCAAUGCUCAUGUCAGAUUCGCAGCCAAACAUAGAUUACAAGAGUGACUGCAGUGCCUGCCAAAAGAAACAAAGCCCUCACUAAUCCUUUUAUACUGACUCCUCUAUGCUUCUUCGGUCCAGAGCUGACAGUAGUCUGGGACUGUGCAUCACUGCAGAUGAGCUCAUGAUGUGUCUGCUUUCUGUAUGUGUUGUCAAUUCAAAAAAAAAAAAAAAAA